GUUGUUUCUUGACAAUGUUUAGAAACAAGUGGAACGCCAAGCGUAGUGGACGUGCGUUUUCGCAUGAGAAAGUUUUGUUCGUGUAGUGAGUUCAGUGAUACCGAGUUAAUCGGUGCUAACACAUGGUUCGCUCCGGCCACGGGAUGGAGACCACUUUCUAUGACGAGCAGUAUCCCCUCAGCGGACCAGUGGAGAAUUUGAAAAGAUCACUAACAUUGGAUUUGGAUUUCGGCAGAGGCAAGAGGCCGCGCGGGCCGCCUGUGCUGUCGUCGCCGGACCUGCAGCUGCUGAAGCUCGGAUCCCCGGAGCUGGAGAAGCUGAUCAUGCAGAACGGCAUGAUCACCACCGCGACUCCGACUCCCGGCGGCCCGGUGCUGUUCCCCCCCGCGGCGCCCACGGAGGAGCAAGAGAUGUACGCGCGGCCAUUCGUCGAGGCGCUCGACAAGCUGCACCACGGCGAGCCCGCGCCGCUCGCGCCGCACGCGCGCAUCGUGUACGCCGACCUCGACCGCCCGCUCGACAGGUAUCCCACCCCGGUCGUCAAAGACGAGCCCCAGACCGUCCCCAGCGCCACUAAUUCACCCCCGCUCUCCCCCAUCGACAUGGACUCCCAGGAGAGAAUCAAAUUGGAACGCAAGAGGCAGAGGAAUCGAGUGGCCGCCUCCAAGUGCAGACGGCGGAAACUGGAACGCAUCUCGAAGCUGGAAGAGAAAGUGAAGUUAUUGAAGGGUGAGAACGCGGAGCUGGCGCAGAUGGUGGUGAAGCUGAAAGACCACGUCUCGAGGCUGAAGCAGCAGGUGCUGGAGCACGCCAACGGCGGCUGCCACAUCGACACGCACUUCUGAGCGCGCGCGCCGCCCUUCCCCACAUUCCAUGCUAGUCGCGCCCGCUCGGACGCAGCAUACAAAGCAAUUUGUGAUCUUAAUUUUAUCGUGUAAUAUAUAGUUAACUCUAGUGAUAAGGUGAUAAAAGAUGCUCUGGUGUUAAGUCUGAGGCGGAACCUCUGCUCGUUCGAAGGAUGUACUUAGCGGUUCACGAGUGUAGCUUCCUUUGUAAGUCGCAGUUUUAUCGUUUUCCUUGUAUCAGUAUUGCGUCGUCUCAUUUAGAAUAGUGUAGAAACUAGAAAGGAUAAUCGUGCAACGUCAUUGGACUGCAAACUGAGCGAGACUGAUGCGACGUUGCCAGCUCUACGUUUAUUGCUUCCCGCACCGCUGUGGUUUCGACAUUUCGAACCGCCAAAUUGGAAUUUCCAUUGUUCAUUUGCGUUCAAAGUGACCUGACGGCGCGGUUUUAUAAUAUUUUUGUCGUUUCGUUUUGCAUGAUAAACAGAUGCACAAUUUUAUUAACUGAAAGAGAGGUCCGAUUUGACAGGGCCGGAUUGGUAUCGGUGUGAUAGAGAAGGAUAUACGGUAGAGCCGGCAACGGCGUAUCACAAGUCACGAGCGGAUGUUCUGCUAAUUAAAAUUCCGCCUGCGCCGCCCUCGCGGAAUGGCGGCCAUGUGUUCGGCAAUCGGACGUUCCGAAUCACGUUUUGUUGCACAAGGUUAACUUUUUCAUCGCUUCGCGGCGCCUCGGUGCCUGAUGAAAUAGUUGAUACAUGCUGGAUGAUUACAAAAAAGCUCGUGUGAAAGACUGAUCGUAUGCGAGACCGAGUGAGUUGUAAUUUGUGAGUGAGAUUUAUGAGUGCGAGUUCUCGUACGUGUGUCAGAACUGACCCGGUGCUCUUUAGAGGUCUUGUAACAUGAGGCCGUCCGAUUUUGAUGGAUGUAUGAAAGCUGAGUGAACGAAUGAGUUUCAAUAGGAUGGGUACAAGUGCGAUGUAUUUAUUAGUGAGAAUGAUUAAUUUUAGAAUCAAGUAGCAAUCUCGAGUGCCUACGCUUUGUAAACGGAAGCCUAUAACUACGUUUUUAUUGUUUUUGUUACCAUUUAAAAUGUGCUACAGUGAAAUUGUUCUGUACCAUUGUCUUCUUUAGGUACUUUAAGUAAUUAUACCAACUAACAAGUUGAAUUGUUAUUAUAUAUUAUAUUGGGGGAGCUUGUUUGUAAAUGUUGUUUAAUAUAGGUAUUCGUGAAAUGCACGAUAGUCUGACAAGCGAACCCUUUUGUAUUAUUUUUAUACAAAAAGAUUUCAGAAUGUUAACAAUAAUUUGUAAGUUUAUAAAUGCUAAAGAACAGUUAUAACUAAAAUAAUAUAUUUCUAUAAAUUUAACAAAGUAUAUUGUUUUAUACUGAACAUAUUGUAUGAUAAAAGAAUGGAGAGAAAUAAAUUAUGAAGAUUAUUAUACCAUUUAA